AUGGUUACAUGUUCUGUGAGUGAUUGUGGUGUUAAUAAUAGAAAUAAUCCUGAAAAUUGCACAUUUCACAGAUUCCCUCUAGAUACUAUACUAAGAGGAAAAUGGUUGAGAUUAAUUGGGCGCGUUGGUUGGAAUCCAAAGAAGAACUCUACCAUUUGCAGCAAACAUUUCCCGGACGAAUAUAAAAGAAAAAGACGAAUAAAUACAGUUUUAGUUAAAGGAGCCAUUCCAACUUUAUUUGUACCAGGACAUAUAAAAGAGAGAAUCCCGUCAUCGUAUAUCAAUCGGGACAUAGCUCUACCUUCGAUAUCACAAGCUCCAGAAAAAAGUGUUCAGCUCACACCAAGAACAAAAAAGCUUAUUAGCAAAAACGACAAACUGAAACAAAAGCUACAAGAAAAACAAAAAAAAUACGUAGAUUAG